CCGGUAGAGGGACAGAGCAAUCGAGUGCUUCUCCGGUUCUCCGUUUUCCCUCCCGCUCUUCUAGGACACAAAAAUAUUUCGAAAACAAAAUAUAAAUUCAUUCAUCCAGCUUCUGAAAAAGCCUUGAUUUUGGACAGCAUUUCCGUUAAUUGAAGAUGACAAAUUCAUCAAUGCCAAUAGAGCGUCUACAGGCUCUUGAUAAUGUAGAAAAAGAAAUCGCAAGCUGCAUUCAAAGUGCUGGACAAGCUCUCAUGGAACUGAGCAAAGACAAGGCUAGCAUGAAACAAGUUGAAAGCCACACGUCACAAUUUUUGAAAACCUUAAAUCAUGUUGAGGGGGAAUUAUCAAAGCAUAUUAAUUACUUGACACAAGUGUCAACUGGACAACCACAUGAAGGCUCAGCUUAUGGCUCCGUGAAAAUGUAUAAAACUGCUCGGCACAGGUUGGAACACACUCGCUCAAGACUUCAAGAUCUAGAAAACCUGAAAAAUAGAGCGUUGGCAUCUACAGUUAGGCCAGCUUCUGCACAAAAUAAUCCAUUAUUCUGUGUCCAGCCUCCUUCUGACUUGCAUAUGGCGUUCAUGAUACCUGUAGUUCGUAAUGACUGGGAUAUGUGGUUGCGCUCCCAGAAGCCUCAUCCGCCGGAUAAAUUCUCACGUAAAGGACAGACUGCACAAAGCCGUGCUGGUGAUCCAAGUUUACUAACCACUCCUGACGGCAGCGGUGGCAUUGUAGUGGAAAAUGCUCGUAGGAAAAGAAGCUUGGCAAUUGAGAUUCGUAACCAGCAACAUUUGAGGAUCAGUGGUGGCAGUCUUCCUUCUAAUUUCCAAUCAGCCCAUGUCGGGCUGCCAGUUAGCCAAUCUUCUUUGCGACAUGGACGACCUUCAAUUUCACGUUUCCGCUCGAUGCACAGUAGCUGCCGAAUCGGAAACAGUCAUGCUUUCGAAUCAGAAUCACCAAUUUCGCCAAUUAAACCUAAGAAUGUGGAAACUGCUUCCUUGCCCAACUGUUUCGAGGAAGUAUCUUCGUCGGCGAAAAUAGGCUCGCAAAAUUCUCUACAAAAAUUUCAGGCACGUUUAGUUGAUCGCCUCCGCCGAUCGCUGCGCCUAAGUUCUUCGUCUGCAGCCGAUGGAGGAGAUAACUGCGAAGGAGACAAUGGUAGUCGCACGUCAUCAUAACAUACACGGUAUUUGCAGGGCAAUCAUCCAACAAAUGACGCUUAGCAUAUUGUGAAAAUCAAGAAACUAACCGGAAAACGCUGGUUAGUGAUGACGUCAGACGAGGAUUUUCCCUAUAUUUCCUGCCCCUUAUAAAUCCGGUUCCGGAGUAGUAAUCGGAUAUCUAAAUACUAGCUGUUUUUUGGCCGCCCCUGGCAAUAUAUCCUUUUUAUUUUUCAUAAACACACAUUACAUAUCUUCUUUGUAUUCAUAUAAAAUUGUGUAAUAUCAAGCGUGUCCUGUGUUGGUUUAAUGUAUAUACAUCUCUAUAGUAUAUGAUCACUAAAUAUUCCAAUAAUCGGAAUGUUCAUACUUAUUGUUACGGUAUUGCAACGUUGUGAGCUAUGGUAACAAGAAUUGUGAAAUCAUAAACUGACCAUGUAAAUGUCGAACUUUAUGCACGUUUUCAAGCGGUCCCCGCUACCUUGACAACCCUAUUUUAUGCAAAAGUAAAAAAAGAUAAAAUAAAAUAAACAUGUAACCAUCUA